CGACGCCGCCAUCUUGGCCGGUGUAGGAUUCCCGAGUAUUCCUCACUUUUUUCCUCUCUGACUGCCUGUUUGUUGGUGGGGUCGGGGUGGGCUGAAUAAAAAAAAAAACACCCCCCCCCCCCCCCCCCCAACCCCCAAACCUCUCUCAUUCUGCCCCGGUAGGAGAAUGUCCGCCUUUUCUGAGUCAGCUCUGGAAAAGAAGCUGGCGGAGCUGAGCAACUCGCAGCAGAGCGUGCAGACGCUGUCCUUGUGGCUGAUCCACCACCGCAAGCACUCCAAGACCAUCGUGCUGGUGUGGCACCGAGAGCUCAAGAAAGCUAAACCAAGUAGAAAACUGACUUUUCUUUAUCUGGCAAAUGAUGUGAUCCAGAACAGUAAGAAAAAGGGACCAGAAUUUACCAAGGAUUUUGCUCCAGUUUUGGUGGAUGCGUUUUCACAUGUUUCAAGUGAAUCUGAUGAAAAUUGUAAGAAGCACUUGGAAAGAGUGUUAGCUAUUUGGCAAGAGAGGAUGGUUUAUGAAAACAACUUCAUCGAUCAGCUUAAACAAAUUCUUUUAACAGAGAAAAAGGCCAAGAAACGUACCUUUGAACAAAUACAGGAGGAAGAUGAUGAUGACUAUCUCUCCAACAGUACGCCUAAAGAACCACCAGAGACUGAGGAUCUAAUUAAGUCAUUGCAAGAGCUAGAAAAUGCAGCUUCUGGUGAUGCAGCUGUUCGACAGAAGAUUGCAUCAUUGCCACCAGAAGUUCAAGAUGUUUCUCUGUUAGAUAAAAUAACAGACAAAGAGUCCGCAGACAGACUUUCCAAAACUGUGGAUGAGGCCUGCAUGCUCUUGGCAGACUACAAUGGCAGACUGGCUGCAGAACUGGAAGAUCGCAAGCAGUUGGCACGUAUGCUGGCUGAUUACAUCCGUAGUCAAAACGAAAUCCUAGCAGAGAAGGAACGUAAACUGGAAGAGUACAAGCACAAACUGGCCAAGGUCACACAAGUGCGAAAAGAGCUCAAGUCCCACAUCCAGAGCUUACCAGAUCUUUCUCAGCUUCCAAAUGUGACCGGUGGCUUGGCCCCAUUGCCCUCUGCAGGGGAUCUCUUCUCCACUGAUUGAUCUGGUGGACUGUUCUGCUGAAAAGAGACUUGUUAAAAGGACAGGAAGGAAGGAGUGCACAAUUUACAGAGCCCCUCCCUACCCCCUACAUUGUUUUAAAAGGUCAGAAGCUUACUUUUGCUGUAGUGAUGCAGGGUUUCAGUGCUAGCAGAUGUGAACUAAACUAAGGCACUUAAAAAGAAAGAUAUCUACUUUUUGCAUACAGGAGACAGACCAUUUACCUGUAUACUGUUUUUCCCAGUUUGCAGCCGUUUAAUUGAGAGUCGUUAGACGUCAGAGAAUUGUCUUUGAAAACAAUUGCAGUAUUUAAGUCAUUUGAAAGACUUGUGUUUGAUUAGGAUCAGUGGGGCCAUAUUGUUAAUACAGAGGGUAGGCUGGUUAGCAUGUAGAUACCCUGAAAGCAUGGCUAGCUAGAAAGUUGCUAGUAGUUAACAGUCACCAUUGACAUUUGUAGCUUAUUUCAUAGAAACAGCAGCCAAGUAUGAACAGAAAUAAACAUUAAGUAGCUGUGAGACAUUGUUAAUGAAUGUGUUUUUUCACGUGACAUUCACCUCGCAGCGAUUGGCCACCAUAUUAUCAAAUUUUUUAAAAAGUACAGAAAUUAAGUUUGGAUUCCACUAGUUGACACCUGAACCAAGUACAGGAGCUGUGCUAAGCAAAUGCAGAGCAACAAUGUAGACAUCAGUAAAAGGCAUGCACCAUCCUGAACACAAUACCACUAAGUGUAACAAAGCCCCUGCACUGCAUGCUGCUUUCUGAAUUUAGUUGGAACGGGUGAGCUUUGCUGCUAUAUAUCAAAUUUAAAAAUAGUCAAUCGCUAGUGGACAGUGGAACAUCAACACCACAUCUGACUUUUAUUCAAUUUCAUGAAACAGAAUUUCAGCUAACAAAGCCAGUGUGUUGAAUGAAGCCUUAAUUUGCUCCUUUCCAAUUGGUGAUUUAAACAAAUGUAAUGAAGUUGCAUUCUUAAAAGUUGCUUUUAUUUUCUUUUUUUUGAAUGUGAUCACUAUACGAGAGAAGAAAAUUCAGAAGGAACACGACUAGUGACGUUUAAAUGUGAUAUUAUGAGCCCUAAGUAGUAUUGUAAUGAAUGUGUAUGACAUUGGCAGUUUGUUUUUCUUUUUUGUUUACUUAAAGGAUAAUGACACUGGCCGGGAAUAUAAAUGACUUUCAGUAUAAAUUACUCAGCCCAGAAAGAUUGUUUGCAAAAUAUCUUCCCACCUGAGAGGAAAGAUUUCUGUUUUACUGGUCAGGUAGCAACCUUUUGUUGGGCUCCCAGUUGGAAUGUACUUGCUCACAUUACAUAUACAGCUUCUGUUAAAUGGGGUGAGUCUGGAGCCUGAAAUUAGGAACAUUGAUGAUGAAAUUUCAGAUUUAAAAAGUACUCCAGAACUGAAAGAGCGAUCUAUCUGAGGCAAGUACUUUAAAUUGAAAGCAUCUCCUCACAUGUAGUUGGGUCUUGAAAUUGCACUGUGGGAUAAUAAAUGAAUGCAUAAUAUGUUGAAAUUUCCUGUUGCUAUUAUUGAAGGUGUAAAGUGUCCAGCUGGAUUGUGAUGAGAGGAAAUUCAUUGUAAUGUUCACUAUAAUCCCACAUAGUACUGUCAUUCAUUACCCUCUAAACUAUCACACACAAUUACCUUUCAAUCUGUAAGAUAUUUGUAUAUAUGCACAUUAGAUAAUUAUAGUCUUUACAAAUUCAGCUACUUUGUGUUAUAAACAUCUGUUACAGGUCCUGUAAAAAUUGUGCUUAAACCUUCUGUAAGCUGAAUUUUUUUGCAUAGCUCAAAUAUAUAGGUAUGUUGUGAAGUGUAAUUCUUCAGACUUUUCUAAUCUGAUUUAUUUCUGAUGGAAGCAUAAACAAAGUGUGUAUGUGUUUACCUUUCAAUCAAGAAAUGUGCACGUGAAGAAAUCUCUAGCAGAAAAGGAGACAAAAAUGCAUAAAAGAAUGCUAACAAGACCAGCUGCCAGAAACAAGGUUGCUACAGUUCAAAUAUCUUGCCCUGGCGAAGAAGGAGAAACAGUUACAUAUGCCUGUUGGAUGGGCUAGCCAUUUGGUUCCAGUAUUUUGUCUCUUACAUUUCAUUAAGGUUUCUCUACUAGUGCAUUUCCAUACAUUUCAAACUGUUCUGCGAUGUAUAAUAUUUAUAGAAUGGUAGAACUACAAAUGAUUUUAUUUAUAGUAUUCUAUGAAUAAACUUUUAAAAUAAAAGAGUAUCUUACAAGGUAAACUUCCAAAAUA